GGUGGCUUCGGCUGGGUGGUGGUGCUGGCCGCCACCUGGUGCCACGGCUCCAUCUUCGGCAUCCACAACUCCUUCGGGAUGCUCUACGUCCUGCUGCAGGACGAGGUCGGCGGCACCGAGAAGGAUCCCACGCUGGAGUUCCGCACAGCCUUGGUUGGAUCCAUCGGCAUGGGGAUGGUUUUCUUUUGCUCUCCUAUCGUCAGCAUCUUCACCGACCGGAUCGGAUGCCGGACCACCGCUGCCUCAGGAGCUGCCAUAGCUUUCAUUGGCCUCCUCUCCAGUUCCUUCACCAAGUCCCUGGAGGUCCGCUACUUCACCUACGGAAUCCUCUUCGGUUGCGGCAGCUCCUUCGCCUUCCACCCCUCCCUGGUCAUCCUGGGCCACUACUUCAAGCGACGACUCGGUUUGGCCAACGGACUGGUGACGACCGGCAGCUGCCUCUUCUCCGUGGGUCUCCCGUUCCUCCUGAAAAUUGUGGGGAAGAGCCUUGGCCUCGCUCGCACCUUCCAGAUGCUGAGCGCCUUCAUGCUGGUCCAGAUCUUCUUGUCCCUGACCUUCCGCCCGAUAUUGCCCUGCGCCUCGAGUCCUCGAGAGAGGGAAGUCAAACUAGACAGCCGGAGCUGGAUGCAGCAAUGCAUGUCACAGAUGCGGAAAUAUUUCAACUUGCGGGUCUUCAGAAGGAAGACGUACCGAGUGUGGGCCUUUGGAAUAGCUACUGCCAUCCUGGGAUACUUUGUCCCUUACCUGCAUCUGGUGAAGUUCGUAGAAGUGGAAUUCCAAGAAAAGGAAAAAUCCUGGAUUGUGCUUGUCUGCAUAGGAGCCAUGUCGGGAGUCGGGCGCCUGGCCUCCGGACCCAUUGGUGAUCUCAUCCCCGGAUUGAAGAAGAUUUAUUUGCAGGUUGCAUCCUUCAUCACCUUGGGUGUCAUGUGCAUGAUGUUGCUACAGUGCCAAGCGUUUUGGGGGGUGAUCAUCGUCUGCCUCUUCCUUGGACUUUGUGAUGGACUCUUCAUCACCAUUAUGGCCCCCAUUGCCUUUGAGCUGGUUGGGCCUAUGGAGGCUUCUCAAGCCAUUGGCUAUCUCCUGGGACUCAUGGCCAUUCCCAUGUCAGCUGGCCCACCAAUUGCAGGACUCCUUCAUGACUAUUUUGGGAAUUACCAGCUUGCCUUCUACUUUGCUGGUGUUCCUCCAAUAAUUGGAGGCCUCAUUCUCGCGUUUGUUCCCUUCAUCCAUCAGAGUCAGCUCAAGAAGAAACGAGUGGAUUCGGGGAAAGACAAGAUGUUGGGUUCAGAGAUGGUCCCAAAUGGAGGGCUCCUCCCAGGUGCUCCAACCACCGAGGGAGCUGUGGUGUAAACUUGUCUCGGUUACCCAUCUGUCACCAGCAGGGUUUUCUGAUCCCCGCCUGAGCCGAGAUCUUUGGAAAGGAGAACUUAACCUCUUCUGUGAUAUCAGAAGAUCUCUCUGUCGGUAAACUAAAGUCAAUCCUGAUCAAACUCUUGGCUUUCAAGUUGAAUUUGAAUUUCCUUUGCCUCUUUCUUUCCUACUGAACAUUUUCAUUGUUCCCUCAUUUAUGUCCCGGCUGUGAUUUUCCCCCCCCCCCGGGUAAUACAUUAGUGGAUUAUGCAUAGAUGAUUGUGAUAACAUUUUAAUAGAUUGCGUUGGACCACUUCCUCUCUCCUUUCCCCCAAAGUACCGUUGAUUCUGUAGCCAUACUUAGUUAUUUUGCUGACAAGGAGUUUAAAUUCACUGGAAACUCCAUCCGGAGCGAGUUGUGAAGCUGCCAAAUUCUCAGAAGUAGAUUAGUCUCUACUCACGGAGACAGAAGGACAAGAGCUGAACGGGUGAAUUCUGAAUUCUCUUCUGAAAAGUUUUCUUUUCAACUAGCAAGUUCAACCUUUUUCUCCUGUCUCCCUAAAAUCUGUCCCUGAUAUUAAGGGUUUUUUUUUCUUUCAGUUCCAUUGGGUUGUGAAUUCUUUGUUUGAUUUCUUUUGCAUAUUAAAUGUAUCUCAAAAGGAA